AUGGAACCCCCUGAAGGCACCUCGUCCGACUACGAGUUCCUUUCUCCAAUGGGUUAUGGCAACUCCUCAAGCUGUGGCUAUUGUGGCGCUCGAGGGGCAACUCGGUCCAGACGCUUCUCCUACUAUGCAACCGCAAAGUCCUUGAGCCCUCAGUUUUACCAAACCCUGCUUGAUCGGAGUUGGAGACGUUCAGGAACGCUCCUUCAGUUCAAGCCUUCCAGAGACCAGCGGCAAGCCAUCAAUCGCUUCAACCGAUACGUGCUUGGCGAGUCAUAUAUCAAAGAGGCCGCUCGAGUGUACCCGAGAUCUCGGGAUGAGACGAGGAAGCGAGACAACGAGUUCAAGCUGACAGAGCGGGUCCAUGAGGCUGAAUAUGCCAACCUGAAGAAGCCGCCAGAGCCAGCGCACAAGCUUGCCGUCACACUUGAAGACGACGGCUUUACCGAGGAAAAGUACGAAGUCUACGACAACUAUCAAAAAGUCGUUCACAAGGAGGCCCCGCAGGACAGAACUCCCCGUGCAUUCAAGCGCUUCCUCUGCAACUCUCCCCUGCGGCGCCAGACCAUGGUAGCCCCUGAUGGAAGCAGGCGGCGUCUGGGCUCGUAUCAUCAGUGUUACCGGAUCGAUGGCGACCUCGUCGCGAUUGGCAUUCUCGACCUCCUGCCCGACUGUGUCAGCUCGGUCUACUUCCUCUACCACGAGAGCAUACACAAGUAUGCGCCGGGAAAGCUGGGCGCCCUCUUCGAGAUUGCCCUGGCCACAGAAGGCGCCUACCGCUGGUGGUAUCCGGGGUUUUACAUCCAUAGCUGCCCAAAGAUGAGAUACAAGAUCGACUACUCCCCGCAGUACAUUCUCGACCCUGAGGCUCUGAGUUGGGAUCCGUUGGACAAGGAAAUACUCGGAAUGCUGGACAGAAAGCCCUUUGUCAGCCUCUCGCUGGAACGGCAAGCAGCCGCCAAGAAUCGAGGGAAUAGCCUUGAUGACGAAGACGGCAUGGAUUCUGACAUGCCGGGGAUCCCUUCUCUUGCCGAGAUGGAGGAGGUCGACUUGGACCACAUUGCCCUCAAAGUAUUUCCUCGCGGGCCGCUGUUCGAAACGUCAGACUUGGUGGGCUGGGACACGAAGAAGAUUACGGAUUGGCCGUCCAUCAAGGCGUCGGUAGCCGAGCUGGUGGCGGCUCUGGGGCCAGAUGUUGUCGGCCGCAUCUGCUUGGAUUCGUCGCCACGUGAAUGA